UUGCAAAAAAGAAAAAAUAAAUACAAAUAAUAAAAGAUGCAUUUCCCAGCCGUAGUACUAUUAGCUUGCAGCAUUUUAGCGUUGUGCAGCGCUGACCAUGGUUGGGGCUAUCCAGACCUCGACAUUAAUCAGGAUGAACCAUUUCCCAAGUGGGGCGGCAUUUGCGACAAUGGAAGAAGGCAAAGUCCAAUCAAUUUGCAUGUCAAAGGCUCCCUGAAGGGUGAGUUCGAUGCCCUGAAGUUUGAAAACUACGAUGAGCAUCAGAAAUCCCUGCAAAUGGUCAACAAUGGACACUCAAUUCAGCUGUUUGGCUUUGCACAUGAUUUGACCCUAAGUGGGGGUGGACUUGGGAGCGAUUAUGUUGUGGAGCAAAUACAUAUGCAUUGGUGGUCGGAGCACACUAUAAAUGACAUACGUUAUCCUCUGGAGGUGCACAUUGUGCAUCGCAACAAGAUAUACCCUAACAUCACAAUGGCGGCCAACUUUGACGAUGGCAUUACGGUGCUAGCUGUUCUAUACCAUGUCUCCAAUACGCCCAAUGAGGCCAUCGGUAGCAUUAUCAAGAGUUUGGAUGCCAUUAAGACAUAUGACCAUAUGAAUGUGCCCGUGAAUGUGGAGGAUAGUCUGGCAGUGGAUGAUUUGGUGCCGAGUGUUAACACGUAUUUCAACUAUGCGGGUUCCUUGACCACGCCUACCUGCGCCGAGGCGGUCACCUGGAUUGUCCUAACCGACACUCACCCCGUGACACUCGACCAGGUGAAUCAGUUCAAGGAGAUUGAGUACAACAAAGACAAACAGCUGCACAACAACUAUCGCGAGCUGCAGGCCGAGAACAAUCGUGCCGUUGUCCUUGUGCAGCAGCGGUCUGGUGCAGCAGGACUAAUGUCCUUCAGUUUGAUGCUACUCUUGCUGGGCGUUUUUUCCCAGAAGGUUCUAUUCUAAUGAAGACAAUUGACAGCCAUAGAGCCAUUAACCAAAGAAGACUGCACGAAAUUCCUAGUGCGGAUUACAGAGAGAGAAAUUUCGAGAGAGAGCAACGAUUUACCAGACAUUUUUAUAUACUCAUUAUUUGAAAUCAUUUGUUUGAAAUUCAAAUAAAAAAACAAAUGCAACUAGUCAGUUUGUGUGACAUUCAACAAAGAAGCAUGUGCCUUAAACUCUAACAAUUUAUUAGUCAACGUAAACAUGUUUAAUAAAAACUUUUAUAAGCUAACUCUAAAAAUGUA